AUGAGUUACAAUAAAAGAAAGAUAUUUGCGUCGGAUACGUCUGAUGAAGAUGAUAGUUUCAAUAAUCGUCGACGUACUUCUCUGAAAGUCAACUUGAGUCAUAGCGAGAAUCUAACAGAUUCUGGUAAUGGUUCUCUCUGGAGAACAGAAAUAGAGAAUGAUAGAGGAAGAAUGGACAUGCAAACUGUCAAAACAUUGUCAAGGAAGAAAAGUAUGUAUGAGAAGAAUCACGAAUUUGAUUUUGAUAACAAAGAUAUGCGAGCCAUAAAUUAUACGGACAAUACUAUAGAUAAUAACAGUGAUAAUUCCAUUCAAAUAAACAAAGAAAUGCAGCUAAAACAUCUUACAAUAAAUCUAGAGGAUGUAAGUACCAAAGAACACUAUCUAGAAACAAGUUGCAAUCGUUUGAAAGAUGCAAUCUUAUCCAAAACCAAACAGAUAUUUGACAAAGAGAACGAACUUUCUGUAAAAAUUACGAACAUAUUAGGAAAUAAGGAAGAUCGUUUUGCAAACAGUAUCCAUAAUCCAAAUACUGAAACCGAAACAGUUGUGCUAGACAUGACUGACCUGAAAGAGAAAGCAGCCAGGGAACAUCAACAAUAUACUCACAGUGUGAACGAUCAGCAAAGAGAGGCUCAAUACUCCAAUAUUGUUGCUACACCAACAAGUAAUGCCAGACGGAGAAGUCUCGAGAAAACUGUAGAUAAAUCUAGAUUGACUCAAAGACGAUUGUUCAUUGAGGAGGACAAACAGGUAGAAGAACAAACAAAAUGUAGAAUUAUCCAAGAUGUUAUUCUGAAGAAAAACUUUCCAUUACACUCUCUAACACAAGCAAAUGAAAGCAGCGGCAGUCCUAUAUUAAGCAGCAGUAACAAAAGACUCAGUUUGCUCAGAAGAUCUAAAUUGCAUUCUCAAAAUAAGUUUGAAAACCUGAACAACACAUUCUCGACCGUACAUUCCAUUCAGAGUUUUAACACAGAAACACCUAUUGUUUCUUCUACUUUCAUUGAGGAUAAUGUAACAGGUGGAAAAGGAAUUACCAAUAAUGUGGAUGCAUCUCGUGCCACACACACAACGACUAAAGUAAUAUCAAUGGAGAUGACAGAAGUACAUGGAGGCAUUCAUAUAAGUGAAAAAAAACGCGUGUCUGUACAAACUAGGAAUUCUCCCCCAUACAUGAAUAACUAUAACGAAAACAGUAAGAAAGAGCAAUCUAAAAAAGAAAGUAUAAAGCGAAACAAAACAGGAAUUAGAAGUUCGAGAUUAGAAGAUGUUGGACAUUAUGUAAACGAAAUUACUGCAAGUAAUGUAUUGCAACCACAUGAACACGACGAUAAAACUAAAUGUCAAAACGAAGAAUGCUGUGAUAUGUCUGCAUCUGAUAACAGUGACACAAUUCGAUCAUCUUUAAAUGUAAAUACUUCAUUGGAUGCUGUGACAGAAACUAGCAAAACAAGGAACUUUCGAAAACCAAGCGAACACAGAAUGGACAAUGUAAAUCAAGAUUUCGAAGCUAAUAAUAAAACAUCAAUAGUUUUAAAUGAUCAACGCGAAAGUACAAAUACGGUUCGAACUUCGUUGCAAAUAAAUACAUCGGUAGAUUCUAUGCGCAAAACAUGGCGAAGAAGAAGCGAUAAGAAUGAUAAAGAUCAUUCAAGUAUGAAUAUGGAAUGUUCAUCAACAGAAAAUAAAGAAAUGAAUGAUAUAGACUCUUUGGAAAAUAUUAGUUUAAUUGAGAGAUUGAGAAAUAUCUCUAUGAGAAAUGAAAUUUCUCAUAAAGAUAAAUCGAAAGUUUCUAAAACGAAGGAUGAAGACAAAAGACGCUCAAGUAACAAUGAAAACAGCUACAGUUAUGUGGAGGGAACUCCGUAUCCAAUAAGUCGCUCGGUUUUGUUCAGAUCACAAUUAAAAUAUAAAACGAAGCAUUUGGAUGAUAAUAUCACCUGUGACAGCAAUUUAGAUUCAUUAGAAAAUAAAGAAAAAGAUGAUAAAACUCAAUCAUUUGCUUUGCAUUCAAAAGUUUUAAAUGAAAUGCGUAUGUCGACUGAAAUGCAAAAAACAAUAGAAACUAACUCAGUUAUUUUGGAAGAUACACUUAGCCAGAAUCGGCAGAAUCCUUUCGUUAUUCUAAAUCAAUUGACGGUCAUCGAAAGUACAUCCGACGUAACAAAAUCUGAAACAGGCGAAAAUAUAGUUGUACAAAACACGAAAUGUACUCCAGUAAAAAGGAACAGAAGAAGAUUAUUACCACUUACUCAAAUUUCUCAAUAUUCAAUCUCUCCGAUAGAGGAAAGGAAGUGUAUGACACCCGAGAAAUCGACGUCUAUAAAACUAAACAAACGAAUGAAGAAAAAACUUCCAAAAAGAAAAUCAAUACGUUCCAAGAAUAUAAAUAAUAUCAAGCAUAAUACCUCAAGCGCACAAAUGCAAUCAGAUAGUGAUUGCGAUAUGCCUGAAAAUGAGAUUAAAAAAAAUAAGAAAACGCGAAAACCGAAAAAGGUUAUCAGCAAGAAGAUCUUUAUCAAGAAAUUUGCCGACGAAAAGGUGUUUAAUAUAUUACAAAAUAGACAGAAUAAAGACAAUAAUUCAAUAGAAAAUAGAGAUUCCUUAGAUGAUUUUGUAGAAUGUCGCACAACAUCUACUCAAUGGAACAAAUACAAGUCCCAAAAGAUCAUCAUUGUAACAACCGGAUUAUCAAAAGAGGAUAAAAGUUUGGUAAAGAGUAUCGUCAAAUCACUUGGUGCAGCACAGUUGGAGUUGAAUGUAUCAAGACGGACGACUCACGUUGUGAGUACAGGUGUGCGUACCGUGAAUCUUCUCCGUGGUAUAAUAAGGGGCUGUUGGCUUGUUACUUUAGAGUGGAUUCUGAAAUCCUUGGAAAACAACGGUUGGCUGAAUCCAGAGACGUAUGAGAUGAAACAUUUCUCUAAAGCUGUACAGGAAAAUCGGAAAGACAGACAAUUAUUUGGACCCUCAUAUAUCCCAGAAUUGUUUGGCGCAUGUGGAUUCAUAUACGUUGAGAACAAAACUACAUUACCAUGUGAUAAGCUUAAGGAGCUUAUAAAGACUGCAGGCGGGCACAUUACCGAGAAUACCAAGCUUGCUAAAAUUAUUAUUGGCACAAAUGGCCUAAAAGAAACCUGGGUUAUAGAUUCUAUUACAACGGGUGAACUACAAUCGACUAAACUUUAUCAAUGGAGUAAUACGAAAUAGACUGAA